CGCAAGUCCCAGUAUGAACUGGGGCCUCUGCAAUCAAUCUCCGGCCCGAACUGGAAUUAAGCAAUCAGCUUCGCACGCACAUCAGGUCUGGUGUCCAUAUGUAGCACAAGGAUUACGGCCCGGCACAAAGCAGGCUCAGGCGACGAGCCUUGCUGCCCCGUCAUGUGCGCCCGGAGCCGGUCUUGCGCUCCGCAUGGGCAUGCAUCAAGCGCAUCGCAGUCCGAGUUGCCAGUCGACGCCGCGGGACCGUGUGAUGAAAGCGGGGGUGGCACUGCCGUUGCCACCCUGCACGCCAUGUCCUGGGCAUUGAGCCAUAGCGACUCGGGAGCGCUUGCCAGCUGCGCUGGCGAAGCCGGAACGGAGCCUAUUGCUUCAGGGGACGGCACUGCAGCACGGAAUUCUGCUGCCGCCGCUGACGCCACCGCGCGCAGAAAGCCACUGACCCUGGAACGCCUUCGUGAGCAGACCCCGGCACUCGCUGGCUUGGACAUGUCAGUUUUGCAGCAGCGCUUGUCUACCCUGUGCGGCCUGCUGCAGCUGGACGAUACGGCUUGUCUGAUGCUGUGUCGUAUCGUGACGGGGUUGCUGUUGGUGCCGCCCUCCGCGCUGCGUGACACCUGGGACCGCCUGUGCAUCGUGCUGGGUGGUGAGGAACCCACCCGCGCUGCCUGCACCGUGGCGCCGCUGCUGCUGGUGCUGCCGUCGCACCGCGUGCCGACCUGCAUCGCAUCGCUCACCGCCGCGACGGCAAUGCCGCGCGCACAGGCUGCGGCGCUUGUGGUCGAGUGGCCGCAGCUCGCCACUCACGCUCCCGCAUCCCUGGCAGCCAAGCUGGAGGGCCUCCGGGAGCUGCUGCAGGGCCCGAGCUCGGGCUCGGGUACGGUGGGGACGUCCAGCGGAGGGUCAGCAGCCUCAGCGCCGGUGCUCCGCGCAGCACUCCGUAUGGCCCCGCGGCUGCUUACCUUCAGCACCGCGGCCCUAGCUCGCCAUCACGCCGAGCUGAAGGUGCUCCUGGGGCCAGAGCGGCUGUCAGCGGCGCUGCGCCGGGAACCUGGGUUGCUGCUGCAGCGGCCCUCGACUGUGGCUGCCAAGAUGGCGUUGCUGCAGCAGCUGAUGGACUGUGCGCAGCAUCCAGCUGCGGUGGCCGCCAUUGUAGUACGUCAGCCCGGCGUCCUGCGCCGUUCGCUGGCGGCCCUUAGUCGUUGUUGCCGGGCUCUGUCCGUUUGGCGGCUCUGUCGGCGUGACAAGCUACGCAUGUGUUUGUCGCGGCCGCGGCUGCUGACACUGCCCCCAGAAGAGGUUCAUGGCCGGUGCCGCUGGCUGCGACGGCUGAUGCUGAGCAAUGCCUACUAUCAUUCGGCGCUGCGGCGGCUGCCACCAAGCCUGGUGGGUGCGCUGGUGGCGGCGCUGCCGCUGGCUUGGGCGAGACUGUUAUACCUGGCGGAAUCGAGCCAGGAGUGCCGGAUGCACCUGAUGGACGCGGUUGAGUGUCGGCAGGAGGACUUCGCGGCGCGGUUCCCAGAGUUCUCGCGGUGGCUGCAGUUCAAGAUCAAGCUGAUGGGCGCGGACAAUCCCUGGCGAGGCACCCAUCGUAUCCGGGGCUUCACCACUGCCCGGGAUAAGCUGACACACGGCGUCCCACAGGUGAAGCUUCGGCAGCGACAGCAGCAGCAGCGCCGCUUCCCACGGCUGUCGCAGCGGCAACAGUACCGGGAGCAACAGCAACUUGCCGGGAACUCCGUGUCGGUGGUGCUGGCGGAGGCCGGCGAGGUCCGCAGCGGCGGUUCAACGGUCGCGCGGCCGCGACGAGUGCUGCGGCAACUGUCAACAGCGGUUUCGGAGCCGCCUCCGGAGCGCUUGCCAUCGUCAUCAGGACUGCCAAGGCUGUUACCAACGCCGCCGUCAUUGCCGUUGGAACCGGAUCAGGCUGCGGAAGGGUUGCCGAACAUGUCGCCGGCAGUGCUGAUCUCGCCGCCAGCGGAGCUACGCAACAUGGCCCGACAUGACACGGCAACGGGGCCCGGCUUGGAGGUUUACGAGGCGCUAUUACUGGACGUUACCACUACCCCGAUCCUCAAGGCGCCCGAACUGCUCAGCUCUGCUUGA